AUGCGGCUCUUUUACCUCUUCUUCCUUCCUUUCGGUAUAGCACAGCAGGCUCUAACAUCCAAUGGCGAAAUAACCGGCCACUAUGCGUCCAAAAGCCCAGCUGUGCUCGAAUGGCUGGGGAUUCCGUACGCGCAGCCGCCCGUGGGAAAGUUGCGAUUUGCCCCGCCGGUUGAGUUGAACAGGACCAAUUCGUCUGUUGCUGAUAAAUAUGGAUGCGACUGUUUGUAUCCCUCUUAUGGCCAAGUGGCCUAUCCCAACAAAACAGCCCAGUUUGAUCGCAUCUUCGACGAAUUCUCGUAUGUUAAUAAUAACACGCAGAGCGAGGAUUGCCUGACUCUGAAUAUCUGGGCUAAGCCUUCGUCGGCGCUGAAGCCGGUUUAUGUGCAUUUCUACGGUGGGAGAUGGACACGAGGCUCAUCAAAUACAACCUUCUACUACGGUGGCUACUUUGCCGACGCACAGGACAUCAUCGUCGUGACUGUCAACUACCGCUUCAAUAUCUUUGGUUUCCCGGGUAUUCCCAACCACCCGCCCAACCCUGGUUUACUGGAUCAGCGGUUGGCAGUGGAGUGGGUGAAGCGGAAUAUCAGAUCUUUCGGCGGUGAUCCCGAUCGAAUCGUUGUAUCUGGACAAUCUGUUGGCGGUACGUCAGUCGACUACUGGGCGUAUGCGUAUGCGGACGAUCCGAUCGUCAAAGGUCUCAUUUCGCAUUCUGGAACUGCGCUCAGCUUCCCGAUCAGUAGUCCUGAGGAGGCAGCGAGGCAUUGGUAUGAUGCUUCGGAGAUAUUGGGAUGUGGGAGAGGGAGUGAGGAAGAUGUGCUGUCUUGUAUGAAGAGGCAGAAUGCGACGGACAUCAUCAACGCUGCUGCAAAGGUGAAAGUGGCUGGUGAUAAUCCGGCGAGAAAGGCACCGGCGUUUCAGCCUACCAUCGACAACGUUACUGUCUUUGCCAACUAUACUCAGCUCUCGUCUCAGGGCAAGUUUGCUCGGAUACCCUAUUUGGUCGGCCACACCUCCAACGAAGCCGGCUUCUACAAAGUAACCACCUACGCCGCCGGCGUCACCCUCCCCCCGUCGCAGUGGGAAUCAUUCAACACGGACACCUUCUACUGUCCAUCCAACAUCCAAGCCUCGCACCGCGCGCACUUUCACGUCCCCGUGUGGAGAUUCGAGUACCACGCCGACUGGGCGAAUACGCGGCUCUAUCCGGGAAGUGGAGCGUAUCAUGGUGUAGAUUUUCAUAUGCUUUUCGGUGCGUCAGAGAAUAUUUCGGGGCUUGCUGAGUCUAGGGGGGAGAGCGAGUUGAAGGGGGUUAUGAGGGAAGCUUGGGGGCGGUUUAUUAAGGAUCCAGUGUGUGGGUUGGAUGGGUUGGGGUGGCCGCAGUUUGGGGAUGAUGUUAUUGUGCACUUGGGGGUGGGGAAUAGGCCUGUUGUUGAGUUUGAGAGGGCUGAUGAGAAGUGUAGCUGA